AGGGGUUUCUGUAUAUAUGCGGCUACAUUAAAGGGAAUAAAUAAAGGUGAUUUUUAUUCCUAUUAAGAAUAAACAUACGAAUUAAGAUUAAAAUGACAACUCAAGAGAACACAGCUAAAACCAAGAGAGGUGAUUUAACAUCUGCUGAAAAAGAGAUGCUACAGGUUGCUGCUGCAGGGGAUGUGCAAGAGGCCACUCGGCUUCUCAACAGUAAAGAAGUACGGGUUAACUGUCUGGAUGAGAAUGGCAUGACACCCCUCAUGCAUGCAGCUUAUAAAGGGCAAGCAGACUUAUGCAGGCUGUUGCUACAGCAUGGAGCUGAUGUCAACUGCAAUGAGCAUGAGUAUGGCUAUACUGCUCUUAUGUUCGCCAGCCUUUCAGGCAAUGCUGAGAUUACAUGGAUGAUGCUGGAUGCUGGGGCAGAGACCGAUUUGGUCAACUCCGUGGGCCGGACAGCAGCACAAAUGGCCGCUUUUGUAGGCCAGCAUGACUGCGUGACCGUGAUCAAUAACUUCUUCUCACGAACAAGAUUAGAAUACUACACCAGACCACAGGGCUUAGAGAAGGAACCCAUUCUUCCUCCAAAACUGGCAGGACCUUUACAUAAAAUCAUCAUGAAUACCAACCUUAACCCAGUCAAGAUGGUGAUGAUGGUGAAAGAAAGCCCGCUCCUAGUAGAUGUUGUAGCUCUAGAGAAGUGUUACCAUGUGAUGGAUCUGCUGUGUGAGCAGUGUGUGAAGCAGCAGGACAUGAAUGAAGUGCUGGCUAUGAAGAUGCACUACAUCAGCUGUGUUUUACAAAAGUGCCUGACCUUCUUACAAGAGCGUGAUGACAAACUAGACGCUCUCCUCAAGAGUCUUUUAAAAGGCAGAGACGGUGAUGGCUUUCCGCAGUACCAGGAGAAAUUUAUUCGUGACUGUAUCCGGAAGUUUCCUUACUGUGAGGCGACUCUGUUGCACCAGCUGGUCGAAAACAUAGCUCCAGUGGAAAUUGGUCACUCCCCAACAGCCUUCUCAGUUCUUACUCAGGCAUUAACGGGUCAGAUGGCUCUAAUGGAUACCGAGUUUUGUGCUACAUGUGGAGAGAGGGGAGCUGAUGAGAAGUGUUUGUUCUGCGAAAUGGUUGUCUAUUGUGGACAGGCUUGUCAGAGGUUGCACUGGUUCACUCAUAAGAAAGUGUGUAAAGCCCUGCAGCGACAGAGAGAAUUUCAAAGUAAAGACUCUGCCAGUCUGAGAGAAAUCCCUGGACAUGCCAAUGCUCAUGAUUUGAUGGAGGGAAAUUGCAGCUCAUUGCUGGGUCUCUGUUUGGGAUUUGCGGAACUUGGACGUUCACGUUCUUUUUCCGAGAACUACCCUGACCCUUCGAAUGCUGUUGCAGAGGCCAUGUCUGGCUGCCAGGACUGGGGAAGAGAAGGCCAUCCAUCAUCCUGACUGUUAACAAUCUGCUCAAUCACCACUCAUUUUAACCAGGAAGAACACAACCAGAAUCCUUCAUGACCGGGAAACACUCAGUCCUACAAUCAGACCUGAGCCUUGAGUGAUAUCAAAAGAACCAUUAGACCCAAAAAUGAUACUGUGGGUGUAUUGGGUUUUUUUCUGACGGUAUUGUAAUUGAAAUCAUUUCUAAAAAGAAAAUCCUCUGUUGUAGGGCUCUAUACAGUACCUGUAAGGGUUCCCCUAAGAGCUUUUAGAGAGUAUACAACACUACCAGUCAAAAUGUGUAAGCAAUUUUGCUAAAAAGUGUAUGGUUGAAAUUUGCUUCUGGACAACUAUAAUGAAGAUACUGUGCAUAUAUACAGUAAAUGUAUUUCUGAAUCAAA